GUAAACUGGAAAUAAACCCUACGAACUGAAGUGAGGCUGCAGCAUCCAGGUAUCCAUUGACAGCAUGGCUGCCUCUAAUGACUGGGAGAUCUAUAUUCCUGUGGAGGCUGAGGUGAAGAACAUCCCCUUGCAGAGUUUACCCCACUCAGUACUAAAAAGAAUGGACCUCCCUGUCCCAGACUGCGACUCCUCCAGCAGCACAGGAGACUCCCCGAGAGUCAUAUGGAUUUGUCCCGCUGUCAUUGGAAGAAAAAGUCAGGGAGCGGCGUCACACCACGGGAGUAAAGUGGCGGAAAACGUUCGCUCAUUACUGGGCACAGAGUUUUGUGCUCGGCUGACUUCCUUGCAGAUGUCUUUUGUCUCCUCCAACCGUGUAGCGUGGGAGGUGCUGAAGGACAUUUCACCUGGCAGGCAGACUCAUCACAGCCGCCUGCUUCCUGAGGGCUCAGCGCCGCCAGACAACCAGAAUGCUGUGGUCAUCUACCAUGGACGCAUUUACCUGUGCAUCCGGAGGGGCAUGCAGAGCCGGAGUGGACCACAGACAUUCAAACCAGGCUCUGCCGUUUCCCCGAGAUCAGAGUUGACAUCUACUAAUCCAAAGAAGGAGCUGGGAUCUGGCGGCAAAAACAGGGUGAAAAAUGCCUCGGGUGAUGUAAAACAACACGUGAAAAAGGGUUUUGCGCUCAAGAGAAAAUCAUCAUCAGUCCGGGCCGCUCUUCCAGCCCCUCAGUCCUGUCACACCCAACCCAAAGUGGACACCUGCUCUGUCAAGGUUGCCAGAAGACAUCAGGUGCCGGAUGAAGUGGCAGCCUUGCAGCCAGUCCAGUCUCUGGACGAGCAGCAAGACGAGGGCUACGGUGUCAGGGGGGAAUAUGAGAUGCAAGACCCUGGUGAUGAGGAAGCCGAGGGUGCUUCCUGGAACAAUGACUCAGAUUUGAACAUGCACGGCGGAGACGCUGACCCGGGUAGCAACCACAGCUGGAUGAGUAGGGAGUCUCUGGGAGCAGCUACCACCUCCACAUCAAUCCAGCAGGACUUUGACUUUAGUGAGCUGGAAAGGGAUGAUAAGAUUGCUCAGUUGAAGGCCAAAUACAACAAGAUGGUGUCUUCAGACUGAUGUGAACAACAACGGUGUUUUAGUCUCAUCUGAUGCUUUAAUAGAGAAUUUCUCACUCGUUGUGCAGAGACCCAGACUGUAGGUAAGUCCUGGGUCUUUACUCCAUCCGUCUGCUCAGCCCUUUAACUCGGGCACAGAAGAGCUCUCCAGACCGGAGUCAUGAACCUGUCUCAGUAAUAUGUUUUGUGUUUAAGCGUACCGGUACUUAUAUUCAUCACAUCUAUAUGCGAGUAUACUUCUCAUUAAAAAGUAAAAAAUAAAGAGUUGGGUGUGGUGAAACCGUAGGAAAUUAGCAGCUUCCCCUGUUUAUAGCACUGAAUACAUGCCUUAAGUUUCUGUCAACCAUUUGAUGAAUAAAU